GCGGCCCGUGGCCAUGGCGGGCGUGGGCUGGGGCCCGGUGCCCGUGUGGCUGGCCGAGGAGGACCUGGGCUGCGUCAUCUGCCAGGAGCUGCUCAAAGGGCCCACCACGCUGCCCUGCGGGCACAGCUUCUGCCGGGACUGCCUGCGGGAGCUGUGGGCGAAGGGGCGGGGCGCGGGGGCCCGUCCGAGCUGGUGCCCCACCUGCCGCGACGACUGGCCGGCCCCGCUGGCGCUGCGCAAGAACCCGCUGCUGCAGGAGCUCACGGACAAGUACCGCCGCGCGGGGCCCCCGCCCGCCGCGCCGCCCGCGCCGGUAGGGACGCGCCCGCCGCACGCUGCCCGCCGCCCGCUGCUGCCCGCUGCCCACGGCCCGCCGCGCCCGCGCGCGUGCCCCGCCUCCUCGCCCCCGCCGCUUCCUGCCUCCGCCCACUUGUUAGACGCCCCCUCGACCGCCUCCAGCGAACCAGUGGCCCAGCAGAGCAAUUCUACGGUCGGUCUGGAGCUGACAGAGUUGGUGGAACAGCUUAUAGAUAUUUCCAGGAACCUUCAAAAGGAGGCACAAUACCUACAACCUGGACCAGAGGAUGAACCAAACCCCCUGGACGUGCAAGACACUUUUGAGACACGUGGAAAGAAAUUGCAGUUUUAUGUGCACCAACUGGAAGAGAUCCAGGGGAAAUUACAAGAGAACUUCAAGCGCAAGGAGACCUUUGAAGAACAACCUGUUGGGAAACUCCCAGCAACGCCAUCUUCCACUUCAUGUCCACUUCCUGACCAGAAGAACUCUGCACCUAAGAGGGCCUCCUGCUUUGCUCAACAUGCCGUUCAUCUAACCUUCGACUACAAGAGCCUCUGCGACUGCCUGCAGGUGUCUGAGGAUGGCCGGACCCUGAUGGUGUCUAAGUACCGGAUGCCCUAUCCCCGGGGUCCUGAGAGGUUCACAGUCUGCCAGGCGUUCUGUUCCCAGGCCUUCACGUCCGGACAGCAGUAUUGGGAAGUGGAUACUCAGCACUGCAGCAACUGGAGUGUCGGGGUGGCUUCUAGGGGGAUGAGCCGUAAUGAGACCUUGGGAAGGACCCUGGAUUCCUGGUGUGUCGAGUGGAAGGGAACCAACCAGCUGUCUGGGUGGUGCAUGCAAAAGCAGACAGUCCUUGGCUCAGACAGACCCAGCGUGGUGGGCAUCUGGCUGGACCUGGAGGAAUGUAAGCUUGCCUUCUAUUCAGUAGCUGAUCAGGAGAAACUUCUGUAUGAAUGUCCCAUCUCCCCCUUAUAUACUCUGCACCCUGCCUUCUGGCUAUAUGGCUUAGAGACUGAAAAGUUCCUCACUCUAAGGCCAGUGGAAAUGUAAAGA